AUGGAGGCCACGUGUGGUUACUUACAGUUACUGCUCGGAUACGGCGGCGUGAAGCUGAUUAAUCUUUUGCCAAACUGGCGAGGUGAACUGCCUUGCGGUGGAAGCGUCCGGCCACCAGAGCUAGGGCAAGGUUUCCAGGUAAUUCGGCUGGGGGCUACCCCUGUUAGCCUGAGCUUGUUCUCUACCCAGGUGUAUGCCGCUUCUUCAGAGAAAGAGACUUCCAAAAAGGAGUUGCUGAAAAUUGAGGAGCUGUCACUCUACUCCUCUCCAGCUUGUGAGACUAAGUAUGUGGAGAAUCCACAAACCCAAUUGGAAGAGGGGGUUUCGCAUUUACGGCAUGUUAUGGAGCCAUAUACAGCCUGGUGUCAGGAUCUUUGUGCCCAAGCUAUGCCCAAAUUAGAAAAAGCUGUUGAGCAUGGUAGAGAGGGCUAUGAAUUUCUCCAAAACCCCCCUGCUGGAUUUUAUCCAAGGCUUGGUGUGAUAGGUUUUGCUGGAAUUAUUGGAUUAUUCCUUGCUAGAGGUUCAAAAAUCAAGAAGCUAGUGUAUCCUGCAGGUCUCAUGGGUAUUGGUACCUCUAUGUAUUACCCUCAGCAAGCGGUUGCUAUUGCAAAGGUUGCUGGUACACAGCUGUAUGACUGGAGUCUACAGGGAUAUAUUGCUGUAGAAUCUCUUUGGAAGGAUAAUCCUAAGAAGAAGAAAUCUGGGGAAAAAGGUGGUAAGGGUGAUGCAGAUGGUGACAAGCCCCUGGAAAUCCGUGCUGCUUCAAAUGAAGAGCAAGCCAAGAAGUAGAACAACAAAUCACUUGGUGUCAAACAGGUGAAUGUAAAAAAUACAGAUCUGAGCAACCAUUUCCCAAGAAAAAGGAAAACCAUCUGAAUCUAUUGUGAUUUGAAUGUGACUAAUCUGCCUUCUGCCUCAGGAAAGAUUGACGGUGUGCUGCUUGGGCUUCUGGUAUGGAAACUGAAAGGACACUAUAUAUAUAUAUUUUGGGGCAGUCUUGAGACCUUGUCCUCCGUUCUGCAGUGGGACUUACAUCUGCCCAUGCUUGUCCCAUUGCAGGGUCAGCAUUGCAAGUAGCAAGUCUCAAAAUUCCCCAGCCUAUUGUUAUUAUUUAUAUAUAAAAUAAAAUUCAGUUACACAAAAUG